CUGACUUUUUUUUCACAUGGUCAGUUGAUGCCUUGCAGAACAUGUUGAUGAUAAGAAUAUAUCUUUUUCCAGUUGUUUUAUAGUGUGAAGUGGGAAGUUAGUACUCACAGGAGAUUGUCGUUUUUAUACAUUAUCGGGGGAUGCUCUAUUGUGAAGCGACGUGUUGACUUGGAUAAUCGUGGUAUUAGGAUAGCUAUAUGGCUCUGCGAUGGCGGAAUAUGUCCGAUUAGCUUUUCUUUCUUUAUUGAUUUCUUUUUUUGUUUUCGUGAAUUCUUUUUGUGGAUUCUCCACUCGGAGUAGGCAGAGCUUGAUUAGAUUUAAUGGCAAAUUGGGUUUCCAAUGGGGUUCAAAGCCCUUUAAAAAGUCACCACUGGCAUGUUAUCUUAUUUUGAGCUGCUUUAGGUCUCUGAGGGUUUCUUACGAAUCUCCUUAUCUUGCAUCGAGAUCUUCCGUCUCUAUGUUCCUUUAUGGCGUUGUCUUUCUUGGUUACUAAGCAUCAGUUACGAGUUUGAGUUUGUUUUAGCUGAUGUAGUAUAUGUAUACGUUACAGUUCGCAAUUUUUGAUUGACUCGAGCGGGAGACAAGCUGAUGCAGCCACGUUAGAAUAUAGUCUAGCAUUCCUAAUCUGUCGCCGAGCUGGAGCAAAUGUCUUUCCGUGGCAUAGUUCGUGACAUAAGGGAUGGGUUGGGAAGCUUAUCCAGGCGAAGUUUUGAGUUGAGGUUGCCUGGCCACACAACAGGGAAAUCUCAUGGUUCUCAAGAUUUCCAUGAUGAGCCUCAGGUGAUACAAACGAGCAGAUGGUCCAGCCUUCCUCCCGAGCUUUUACGCGAUGUUAUCAGGAGAUUAGAGGCGAGUGAGACCACUUGGCCUGCUCGGAAACAUGUUGUUGCCUGUGCUGCAGUUUGCAGAUCAUGGAGGGCAAUGUGCAAGGAAAUUGUUAGAUGUCCUGAAAUUUCUGGCAAGAUUACUUUCCCUGUCUCACUGAAGCAGCCAGGACCUCGGGAUGGAACUAUUCAGUGUUUUAUCAAAAGGGACAAAUCUAAAUUGACUUACCGCCUCUUCCUCUGCCUUAGCCCUGCUCUGCUGGUUGAGAAUGGCAAGUUCCUUCUCUCUGCAAAACGGACAAGGAGAACUACUUGCACCGAGUAUGUGAUCUCCAUGGAUGCAGAUAACGUAUCAAGAUCAAGUAACACCUACAUUGGAAAAUUGAGAUCUAAUUUUCUUGGCACCAAGUUCAUCAUCUAUGAUACACAGCCUCCAUACAACAAUGCUCAGCUUUCUCCACCUGGGCGGAGCCGCAGAUUCUACUCUAAAAAAGUGUCACCUAAAGUCCCCACUGGCAGCUACAACAUAGCUCAGGUCACAUACGAGCUGAAUGUGCUGGGCACGAGGGGUCCGCGGAGGAUGCACUGCACAAUGCACUCAAUUCCUGCGUCAGCCGUUGAGGCAGGUGGCAGUGUCCCGGGUCAGCCUGAGAUUCUUCCUCGCUCACUGGAAGAUUCAUUCCGGAGCAUCUCUUUCUCAAGAUCAAUAGAUAAUUCAACCGAAUUCAGCAGUUCCCGUUUUUCGGACAUCAUUGGCCCCCAUGAAGAGGAAGACGAGGGAAAGGAAAGACCUUUGGUACUUCGAAAUAAGGCGCCGAGGUGGCACGAGCAGUUGCAGUGUUGGUGCCUUAACUUCCGAGGAAGAGUGACCGUGGCCUCUGUAAAGAAUUUUCAGUUGAUAGCUGCAAACCACCAGGCAGCUGGAGCACCAACACCAUCUCAGCCAUCUCAGCCCUCUCAGCCGUCUCAGCCAUCUCAUUCCGAUCAUGACAAGAUUAUACUUCAGUUUGGUAAGGUCGGAAAGGAUAUGUUUACUAUGGAUUACCGGUAUCCUUUAUCCGCAUUCCAAGCUUUCGCCAUCUGUCUAACUAGCUUCGACACCAAAUUGGCAUGUGAAUAAAAUCGGUAGCUAAUGAAUAAGGUUAUGAAGAAGGAUGUCGAGUUUUAGAAAACGAGGGGAGGAGUUAGAGAUAUCUAUUAUGUGGGAGAAGGUUUUUUAGAUAGAGUUUGUGUUGUCUAUAUAGAAGCAGGGUAGCUAGACCUUGGUACUGCAGAAGUUUGCAUAAAGAGGGCUCGGAGUUCUCUCCCAAUCGAUCCCUCUUGCGAGUUGGCUUCUCCGGGGGGGUCUUCUUGUGUGUGUGUUUGUGCUUUUACUGUUAUGUGGUGACUGUUUUCGUGUUUUGUGAAGGACAAAUUGAACUCCUGACUUUCCAGAAAUUGGGGAGAUUUGUGACGGAUGAAGCUGGUCUUUAUGCCAUCUUCCUUUUUAUUCCCGUCUGUUCUUGUAAAUAAUCGGAGCCAUUGGAAAAUCUUAUUGCUCCUCAAGUGAACUUUUAUCCUUUGAACCGUGUAA